AUGCGUGUCUGCGAGUCUCUCCUUCUAACAUGUCUUGUCUGCCUCACGUACGGAGCAGUGCUGCAAGAUUGCGGGAGCACGGCCAAGGACAUCCUCAUCCACAUCUCUGGGUGCCCCGACUCGGAACCCGUCUGUGUCUUCACCGCUGGGCAAUUGGCCACCAUCAAGGCGACAUUCAGGAGCACCUCUCCUAUCGAGAGCGCCUCCAUCAAGCUGUGGGGCGUCGUCGGGCCUGCUCAAGUUGCCUUUCCUUUGACACCCUCUGAUGCUUGUGGGAAGUGGGGGCUCAAGUGUCCUUCUGCCCCUGGUGCGCGCCAAACGCUCAAGAUUGACGUGCCGAUAGACGCCGGAUACCCAAAGAUCAAGGUGGGCGUCAAGAUGGAGUUGGUCACCGACAAGGGGGAAAAGCUCAUAUGCAAGUCGGUUCCCGUGGAAAUCAAGUGA